CAGACUUCCUUACAAUGGCUUCCCGUGCUCUCUUCAACACCCAGCUCAUCAACACUGUCAAGCGUGCCGGUGCCCGUUCCCAGUCUUCCCUCGCUGCUACCGAAUUCCUUGCCGAGCGCGAGGCGGUUAAGCACCAUGCUGCUGAUGCUGCCGGUACCUGGUUGAAGAUUUCCAUCUUCGUCUGCAUUCCUGCUCUUGCCGCUGCUGGUUUCAACGCUUACAACUUGUAUAGCCACCACGUCGAGCACCUUGCUCACCACCCUCCCCAGUACAUCAAGUACCCCUAUAUCAACUUCCGUGCAAAGGACUUUUUCUGGGGCAAGAACUCUCUCUUCUUCAACCCCAAGGUUAACUUCUCUGCUGAAGAGUAAAUCAGAAAUAUUAUUAGCUCUUUAGUUUUAAUAGUAACAAUAAUAAUAAUACUGUUUUUCUUUCCUUUUUUUUUAAAAAAAAACUAUGGCUGCAAUUGUGGCAAGAAUUUUUUGUGAUUAAAAUAAACCAAGUUUUCAAAUGACUGUACCAAUAC